GUUUGGUUUGGAUUUACAUUUCAUUCAUUCAUUCAUUAUAUUUAACGUUAAAAUCAUUUGCCUUUUAAUUAAAUUUAAAAUUAGUCUCAUUUAAUGAAAUACGAUAUCAAGCGUUGAAUUGAUUGUGUGUUGCCUUUAAUUAAAUGCUUAAUGACAGGCAUUUUGGUGUGAAAAAUGUAUUUUAUGAUAAUUAAUAACAAUUUUAACCAUUUAUUGAUCGGAUAAACCGAUUAUCACAUUAAAAAUAAUACUUAUUUUGGUUUUGAUAAUACAAUUGAUAGAAAUUGUCGACAAUUUUGUCAAUUAAUAGUCAGAUUAUAUGAAAUGAAUGCUCAAAAUGGCAUAAAUCAGUCCAUAAUUCACACCAUCGACACUGACAUCAAGCAAGAAGUAGUGAGUGAACAAAAUGGUGACAAUAAUUGCCAAAACGAGUCCAUCGAAGAGCCGGAGCCCGAAGUGGACAUCACUAUCAACAAUGUUGUCGCGUCUUUCAGUGUCAAAUGUCAUCUCAAUCUGAGACAAAUCGCUUGUAAGGGAUCUAAUGUUGAAUACAGGAGAGAACAAUCGAUGAUUCUCAUGAAACUACGGGCCCCUCGAGUCACCGCUAGUAUCUGGUCGUCGGGAAAGAUCUCGUGUUUCGGUGCGACCACUGAAGACUCGGCCAAAUGCGGUGCCCGUCGUGUCGCUCGUAGUCUUCAGAAGAUGGGCUUUAAGGUGAAGUUCAAUGACUUCCAAGUGGUGAAUGUGUUGGGCACUUGUAUUCUCCCAUUUGGUAUCAAAAUCAAUGAGUUUAGUUCAGAGCACCGCAAGUAUUGCAGUUAUGAGCCGGAACUACAUCCCGGCGCCACAUACCGAAUGAAGGACAUCAGAGCCGUACUUAAGGUGUUUCAGACCGGAUCCAUCACUAUUACAGCGCGUAGUAUUGGCCACAUUCAGGAAGCCGUCGAAAGGAUCUAUCCAUUAGUCCACGAGUACCGAAAGCCUAAACCGUCUCAAAGCAGUCAAACCUCACAAUUGGCUAAAAAUAAUAGGAAAAUAAAGUCCGAAAACAGAACCAAUUUUAUUAAAGACGAAGAGGAAGACAUCGAAGAAGACAUCGAAGAGGAGAACUUCGAUAUAGUUAUCGAUGAGGAGGAGUCAGAUGAAGAUACAGACGACUAUUCAGACAAAUCUGACUAAUAUUUAAUAGCUUUGUAUUGAAAUAUUUUGUCAAUGAUUCUCAAGUUAUCACACAUUUCACAACAAAUUGGUUCCAAUUGUUCUGUGAUAUAAAUGCAGACAAAUGACUGUUAGCUUCGAAUAAAUACAUUACUUUAAUAAUAAGACAUUCAACACAUUUCAACACAUCUCUCAUUUGAUCUCAUACUUCAUGAUUACCUAAAUUGUGUUUAUUAUCAAACUAUCACUCAUUGUAUCUGUUUUUUGUAAUUGUAGUCGAAUUAGGAUUGAAAUACUUUUUCUGUGAAUAAAAUGAU